AUGGCCCCUUCACGUCUCGCUCGUCUUCCCCGGUGGAUCAGCCACUGGCUUGGCUAUCGCCCGGAAGCCGUAAAGCCACUCUCUACGUACGAAGUCGCUCUAUGGUCCUUCAUAACCUCAUUCUGCGGUCUAUCAGUCGUACAAGCAAUUUUCAACUAUUCCGACUACUUCAUCGAGCGCAAUGUACCGGGUAUAAUCGCAUCCUAUGGUGCAUCCGCAGUCCUCGUCUUCGGCGCAAUCGAAAGCCCGCUCGCGCAACCACGCGCUCUAGUUUUCGGCCACUUCUUCAGUGCCUUGGUCGGCAUCUGCGUCACUAAAUUGUUUAGUCUGAUGCCCGACCAGGAGCGCUUCGAGUCCCUGCGCUGGCUGGCCGCUUCACUCUCAACGGCUAUUGCUAUUGUCGUUAUGCAGUUGACGGGUACUACCCACCCGCCUGCUGGUGCGACUGCUUUGCUCCCGGCUACCAAUGAGGAGAUUUGGCGCCUUUCUUGGUACUACUUGCCUGUAGUCCUCCUGUCUUCGGUUAUGCUGUUGGUGUGUGCGCUGCUGUUCAAUAAUUUGCAUCGCCGGUAUCCGGCAUUUUGGAUCGCGCCUACUCCGCCAAAGCCGGCUGCACCUCCUGCUCCGGUGCUGGCGCCUGUUGAUAUUUCCUCGGACGAGGAGAAGACAGGGAAGAGUCCUGUUUGA